GAAAAAGCGGAAAACACUGAUCUUUGACAAGAAUCCGAGUCGCAGAGAAGAAGUCCCUUGCUCUGAUCGCUGUGCAAUUCUCUCUCAAAUUUGGAUUUCGAAGAGAAGAUUCUGUAACGCUGUGGAGGGUCUCUUACACUAGUUUCUUUUUGUUCUAAAGAGAUGUCAAGUGGACCAGUAAGAAGGGUUUCACCCAGAGAUAUACAAUUGGUGCAAAAUCUUAUAGAACGAUGUCUACAACUAUACAUGAACCAGAAAGAAGUUGUGGAAACUUUGUUGGCGCAGGCAAAGAUAGAGCCUGGUUUUACAGAACUUGUUUGGCAGAAGCUUGAAGAAGAGAAUCAAGAUUUCUUCAGGGCUUAUUAUCUGAGAUUGAUGGUGAAGCACCAAAUAAUUGAAUUCAACAAGCUGCUUGAGCAACAGGUGCGGUUGAUGCAUCAGUUACAACCUGCUGGAGUUGGAUCAAUGCCUACAUCUAAUGGGUCUCAUAUCCCACAAUUGCAUCACAACUCAGCAUUAUAUGCCGCAGAACAGGCAGGACCAGCUCUGAAGCAGGAAGAUGUGCAGCACGGCAUUGGUUCCCGUUUACCUAAUGCAUUCACUAACGGUGGGUCUUCAUUACACACAAAUAUGCACAGCGCCAUUGAUCUGUCUGCCAAUGCGAGUAGGAUUGAUGUCCCUCAUAACCUGCUUCCAACUCAGAGCUCAAAUAUUGGUUUGAUUCAAGGUAUAAAUGGAGGGAUGAUCAAAACUGAAACUGGUUAUUCUGGCAGUUCUCCUUACAUGUUUGGUACUGAUGGCCAUGUCCUGGAAGCCCGCCCACCAAUUGGGGAUACAUCCGUCGCAUCUUUCAGUAGCUUAGAGUCCAGCACAAGAUCCCUGAACGAAACACUUUUGGAUGCAGACUCUGCUUCAUUUGGAUAUUUAGAUCAGAUUCCUCGAAAUUUCAGUCUGUCAGACCUGACAGCAGACUUCUCUCAAAGUGCAGAUAUACUGGAAAGCUACUCUCGUUCACCCUUCCUAACGGCAGAUACAGAAAACUUCCUGGAUUCGCGUGAAGGAGAGCAUCGAGGAGACAAUAGAAGGUUGGACACCAUAUCAGAAGGCCUGAGCUAUGAAGAUUUUGGAAGUGAAUAGCCACAGAAGUAUUAAUUGUCAUUAGUAGGCUUUGUAUAUAUAUAGCAUUUUAAAGCUGGAGAAGCUUCAGAUUUAGGAGUGUACUUGAAGAAAGAUCAUCCGCGUAUCAAACAAGUUCAUUGAUGGAAUUGUGUAAUAAUGAUGACGAUUGAUACGGGGAAUUUGAGGGAGGAUGAAAGAAAAUUUAGUAAUAACACAAGGGAAUGAUUUUUUUUUUGGUAACCAUGGGAAUCCAUGGAGUUGAAUUCUGAAAUGGCUUGUUUAUCUGUUGGCGUGUUGGUGGCGGUGAUUAUGGUGAUGUCCUGGUUUGUAUGUGAAGAUUUGAGUCAUUUAAUUAUAGAUAAGGUCAAUCUGUAAAAUGAAGUGAUUAGUGAAGGAUGCUGUUUGAGAAGAUACAUGUAAAAAUAAAUACCCAUUGGUUGGAUAACACAAAA